UCGCUUCUGAAAGAGCCGCUAUUCUUUGAUGAUUGGGUAGCGGCAAACUUCAAAGCCAUAAAUCUUCCCUCUGACUGGCUGGCGGCCCAGCAAAGUCCUUAUCAAAUUCUUGGAGGUGAUCCUGAAGCGCUCAGACCGCGCGCGGGGCGAGCGAGCGGGGCGCGGCGAGGGGCGAGGGCGGGGAGGUCCCCGGCGCGCAGAGCAGGCGCCAGGGAGGCAGGCUGGGCGGCCCUUCGUCCUCGCCUUCGGGUGUCCAUGCCUCGGCGGCUGCGUCCCGCUCCGCAGCCAGGGGCCUGCAAGCCGUAGCCAUGGCCGCGGUGGCCGUCCUCCGGAACGACUCGCUGCAGGCCUUUCUCCAGGACCGCACCCCCAGCGCCUCCCCGGAUCUGGGCAAGCACUCGCCCCUGGCAUUGCUGGCCGCCACCUGUAGCCGCAUCGGCCAGCCGGGCGUGGCGGCGCCCCCGGACUUCCUGCAGGUGCCCUACGACCCCGCGCUGGGCUCACCCUCCAGGCUCUUCCACCCGUGGACCGCCGACAUGCCGGCGCACUCGCCAGGCGCACUGCCGCCCCCGCACCCCAGCCUGGGGCUGACGCCGCAGAAGACGCACCUGCAGCCGUCCUUCGGCGCUGCGCACGAGCUUCCCCUCACACCCCCCGCCGACCCCUCGUACCCCUACGAGUUCUCGCCGGUCAAGAUGCUGCCCUCGAGCAUGGCGGCUCUGCCCGCCAGCUGCGCGCCCGCCUACGUGCCCUACGCGGCGCAGGCCGCGCUCCCUCCAGGCUACUCCAACUUGCUGCCUCCGCCGCCGCCACCGCCCCCGCCGCCCACCUGCCGCCAGUUGUCACCCAACCCGGCCCCCGACGACCUCCCGUGGUGGAGCAUCCCGCAGGCGGGCGCCGGGCCGGGGGCCUCCGGGGUUCCUGGAAGCGGCCUCUCCAGCGCCUGUGCCGGGGCCCCCCACGCGCCCCGCUUCCCCGCCUCUGCGGCCGCUGCUGCUGCGGCCGCCGCCGCCCUGCAAAGAGGCCUGGUGUUGGGCCCGUCGGACUUUGCGCAGUACCAGAGCCAGAUCGCCGCGCUGCUGCAGACCAAGGCCCCCCUGGCGGCCACGGCCAGGAGGUGCCGCCGCUGCCGCUGUCCCAACUGCCAGGCGGCGGGCGGCGCCCCCGAGGCGGAGCCGGGCAAGAAGAAGCAGCACGUGUGCCACGUGCCAGGCUGCGGCAAGGUGUACGGGAAGACGUCGCACCUGAAGGCGCACCUGCGCUGGCACACGGGCGAGCGACCCUUCGUGUGCAACUGGCUCUUCUGCGGGAAGAGCUUCACGCGCUCGGACGAGCUGCAGCGGCACCUGCGGACUCACACGGGGGAGAAGCGCUUCGCCUGUCCCGAGUGCGGCAAGCGCUUCAUGCGCAGCGACCACCUCGCGAAGCACGUCAAGACUCACCAGAAUAAGAAGCUCAAAGUCGCUGAGGCCGGGGUUAAGCGGGAGGACGCGCGGGACCUGUGAGCCCUCCCGGAGGUGGACCCCCUUCCCAGCACCUCUGCGGGAGAUCCGGGGACCUGUGGGCAGCUGGCGGAGGGGAGACUCAGCAGACGAACCCUCUCCGUUGCCUGCUUCCCGAAAUGGAGCUAGGCUCCCAACUUCCCCUGCCCUCGGACAUAGGGACCCAGUUCCCAGGAGCGGGGAGGUAGGGUUGGGGCUGAGGCAUUUGGAUUAUAAUUGGGAGCUCUGCCUUACGCCAGGGCGGUUCCAAACUAUAAACCGUUCCCACCGUCAGGGAGACCUACAGUUUUGGGGGACCACCCUGGGCUGGCCUUGUAUAUAGGAAAUGCUGCUGAAUUGAAGCGAAAGGAACUUGGGAGAUUUGAAAUAGUGCUUGGGUUUUCGCUAGGACCGGUUUGGGCUUUGUACAGGUUAUUUAAUAGCUUUGUUAAAGAUAAUUAUAAUAAUUAUAACAUUAAUAAAAACGUUGCUUUUGUCUUCAGCUCCAUGCAGAGCUACAGCAUGAUAUGUCUCUGUAAAGUGAUCAGCAGUUGCAGCGUGAAAAUAAAUACGUUAACUCAGGGGUCACUACAGGAAGACCCCGCUGAGCCGGUCUCAUUUGAUCUUUUCUUCUUCUGGGUGGCUGUACUAAGCGGUCGGGUUUCCCCGGGAAUUUGAUGGUUCCCAUAGUCUGCCUGUGUCGGAGGCUUCUUUGGUUUGGAAGGAUCUGGGCAAAUGUGUUGGGUUCAGGAAUGGAAAAAGGCAGGCAAUUCCGUUUUGUGGUAAAGAGGUAGGGCAAGAUUUUCCAAUCACAACUUGAGUUUCUCAUGCGGCCUUAGGAUUCACCCGAGACUUUCUCUUCCAAGUUUGUUUUUACCUGACGAAUUCCCUGUGGCUUUCUAUUUGUUGGUACUCUCGGGACAGGUCACAACUAUGCUGGUGUUAAGAGAGGUAUUAGAGGCGUGAGGGUCUGUUCACAGGUGAGACUGUGGAGAGGUACAGAGAAACGGGACCCUUGUUCAGGUUGGUCUUUGCCUGGGAAAGAACCAAGAAGAUAGUUUCCCAGACGCCACUCCUGUAUUUCAGUCCCGUCACGAUACCCAGCGUUGUCUUGCUUGUUUUCUUCUUAAUCUUGCGAUGGAAAUUUUAACAAGUUUUAUUUCACAGUAACCACCCAGGAAUUUCUGGCUAGGCCAAGACGUUUAGUUCCAUUUUGUAUCUGAAUUUUAUUAUGUUUUUAAUCAUUGAAGUAGUCUAAGAUUUUCUCAGGUAAGAGCCAGGAAUCCUCAUGUUUUGGAAAUGUGGAAAUAGGGUCUUUUUUGUCUAAGUGUCUCGCCUUUCUCUAAAAGUUGAAGCUUUGAAGUUUACAGAUGUUUUAUCAAGUGUCUAACUCCUUGAUAUUUUCUAAUAUUUGAAU